AUGUCUAACCAAAAAGAAGGAAAUGAUGGACGGAAAAAGAAGGAAUCGGUUGUCGAUCUUUCGCGAUUCAUCGACAAAAAGAUUCGAGUCAAAUUUCAAGGAGGCAGAGAAGGUAGAUUUUUCUAAAUUGUUUGUUUUUGUAAUGAAAAAAUCUUAUGAUUUUUGUAGCGUCUGGCGUGUUGAAGGGAUACGAUCAGUUGUUGAAUUUGGUGUUGGACAAUUGUGUGGAAUAUUUGAGAGAUCCGGAGAAUCCAAGUGUUGUUGGUGAUGAGACACGGUGAGUUAGAUUUACAGGGGUAAUCUAGAACUUGAAGUCUCAACAAAAACUUAAAAUUAGACGCAAAACCGCUGAAAAGAGAGCCUAAUCCCCAAAAACCAAUAUUUUCCAGAUCUCUCGGUCUCAUCGUUGCUCGAGGAACCGCUGUAACCGUCGUAAGCCCGCUUGAUGGAAUGGAACAAAUCGAAAAUCCAUUCGCGCGGCCAGAAGAAGACGCCUAA